AGUUACCUGGAGCAGGAAGUAGAAGAGGAAAGGUGUUACAUUAAAGCACGUCAUAAAACACCAGAUCAGUACUUUCUAGCACACACGCGCGCGUUACAGAUCACCGGACUCAUCACUGGGAGAAUAUGCCUUAUUCGGAAGCAAGAGCAACAUGUCAGAGCAGCAUAUGGACGACACAGCAGCUCUUGCACUGAAAAACCCCAGAACAUCAAACAUCCAACAUACGGCGGGAUGCAGUCGAGGUGUUACCAUCAACCCGCUGGCCUGGGCCAAGACGGACCUGACCUCCAUGACCUGCAGAUGAAGGUCGACUUCUUUCGUAAGCUGGGAUACUCUCCACAAGAGGUGAAGGCUGCCCUGAGGAAGCUCGGCCUGGGGACGGACACCAACGCAGUGCUGGGGGAACUGGUGCGUUCAGGGGCCAAGGCUGUGCCCUCCUCUAGCUCUGACAGCGAUGAUAGUGGGUUCAGUUUGCCCCAUCGGGGAGGAAGCUCAUCUAGGGCACAGGGCUCAACGCUGGAGGACACCACUGAACCAGAAAGUGACCUGAAGCCUAUUGUUAUUGAUGGCAGCAACGUGGCCAUGAGUCAUGGGAACAAGGAAGUGUUUUCUUGCCGUGGGAUUGAGCUGGCAGUUAAUUACUUCCUUGACCGAGGACACAGAAAUAUCACUGUGUUCGUGCCUUCCUGGAGAAAAGAGCAGCCCAGGCCUGACGUACCUAUUUCAGAUCAGCAUAUUUUGGAAGAGCUGGAAAGGAAGAAGAUUCUUGUGUUUACACCUUCACGAAGGGUCGGAGGAAAGCGUGUAGUUUGCUAUGAUGAUCGCUUUAUUGUCAAAUUAGCUCAUGAUCUGGAUGGCAUUAUAGUAUCCAACGACACAUAUCGUGACCUGCAAAGUGAACGUCCGGAGUGGAAGCGUUGUAUUGAGGAGAGAUUGCUUAUGUACUCGUUUGUUAAUGACAAGUUCAUGCCACCUGAUGACCCUCUCGGCCGUCAUGGACCCAAUUUAGAUAAUUUUCUUCGUAAAAAAGCGAUGUUGCUUGACCACAAGCGACAACUCUGUCCAUAUGGAAAAAAGUGCACAUAUGGGAUCAAGUGUAAGUUCUACCACCCAGAGCGCACAAACAAGUCACAGCGUUCUCUAGCCGAUGAGCUUCGAGAGAAUGCCAGACUGUCUGGUUCAAAAGAGGAAAGCAGAGUAACUGGGCCACUAAGAGGCAUGUACCCAAGAAAUGACCCUGGUUUUGGGUCCAGCUCACCUUCCUUGGAGCAAGAACUGGAACAAAAGCUCAACUUGGAUCCCAAGAGCUCUGACAGCAGGGAUGUUAUGCUCCAGUACUGGGAUGACAUUUUGUCCACCAAAAAGCCCUUAAAUACAGCCACAGUGGCACAACGCAGGGCUUCGGUAGACAGAACCAGUCUGCAAGCACCUUACCCAACAAACCCUUCGUCCAUUUUCAGUUCUGACUCGGGGCUUGGAUCCUACCAAAGCCAGUUUUCAGAUCCAUCCCAGAGCAUUGAUGAGUUGCAUAGGAUGAGAUCCAAUCAUCCACCGAUGUCUGGUAACCCUGGUGUACCUGCAGGUGGCCAGCGCUACUAUGACAACAUGAGUCCUUUCUCCAACUAUCAGCCCAACUUUGGUGCCUACAGCUCCCUACCUCUGCCCAACCCCGUCCAGCGUUACAAUCUUUCUGCUUACGGUGCCUGGCCUUACCCUUACUUCUUACCACAGGCAACCAGUUUACCCGAACCUUUACCCUGUCCUAGCUCGCACAGGUCUCCUGAUGUCUACGGAAGUCAGCAGCACUCAGCCAUGCCACAGUCCAACGCUUUCCAGGAAGAAAGAGAGGAGGUCAGGAAAAAGCUUCAUGCAAUUUUUAACCCGCAUCAUGUAAACAAAGUUAUGGAAAUGUUCCCGCAGCUGAAAGAUGCGCAGCAGCUGGCGGCAGAGAUUCUCAAACUCAAGUCCAGAGGAGAGUUCUUCUGAUUUGUUGAAACUUUGGGACCAUAAAAAAGACUGCAUGGCAUGCCAAGUUUCUCAAAAGAAAGAGUCUCUACACUCUCAGAAAAAAAAAUGUGCAUACAUUGUACCUUUAGGGGUACUUUUUUACCCUUAAAAAGUUUGUAGUAGUGCUUUAAAGGUACCUAGUUCAACUCUAAGGUAUACACCUUUUAGGGGGAGAUAAGGUACAAACUUGUCGAUUUAGGGGUACAACAACUUGUCACUCAGGCGCUCCCUGAACUUUUUACCUUUUUACCUUUAAAAUUUCAUAGUAGUACUUUAAAGGUACCUAUUACUACUACUAUUAUUUACUACUACUUUAAAGGUACCUAUUACUAAUAUGCACUUUCGAGGGGUAGAUUAGGUACAGAUAUGUCCUUUUAAGGGUGC